CACGUGACAUGGCACAAGAUCGAAGCUCGGCAUGUCAGCAACUUGUGCGGGGUAGUGAGGGGUCCACGAUAUCGCGACAUUAUGAGUAAGACUCAUAAUAAGGUAAGAACAUCUCAUAUAUUCAAUUGCUUUGAUUGUCAUACCUCGUAUAAUAGCCGAUCCCACAAUGGCCAGCGCGGCGUCAGACCUACCUCCGUUACCCCUCCCCGAUGGAAUCUCGGAGCACUACAUCCCAACGGAUGACUUGACAUUUCAUACUCUGGAGGCCGGAUUCUCCGCAUCCCCAGCCAAGCCACUCAUUCUCCUGCUCCAUGGAUUUCCAGAGUUGGCAUACUCAUACCGGAAAAUCAUUCCAACUCUCGCAGCUUCCGGUUACUACGUCGUCGCCUACGACCAGCGUGGCUACGGCCGAACGACGGGCUGGGAUACGAGACCGUAUUCCGAGGUAGACCUCACCUCAUACGCAGCAACGCGUAUCGUCACAGACGCCGUGAGAUUAGUUUCCGCCCUUGGCUACAGCGAGGUGGCAUGCAUAGUCGGCCACGAUUUCGGCGCCGUCGGCGCCAGUCUCUGCGCCCUGAUCCGCCCCGACAUAUUCAAGAGCACGGUACUGAUGUCCCACCCCUUCGGCGGAGUUCCGGCUUUCCCCUUCAACACGUACCGGAACCCCGCUCCCCCCGCACCUGCCAAACCGGAUAUCCAAGCUUCUCUCGCAGAGCUGGAUCCGCCGAGGAAGCCCUACAAGUGGUAUUACUCCACCGAGCCGGCCUGUCAGGAGAUGACAUCCCCCGCAACCGGCCUUCAUAGCUUUUUGCGGGGUUACUUCCACUUGAAAUCCGCGGACUGGGCAGGCAAUGCACCGCACCCGCUGUCAGCUUGGUCGGCGGGCGAGCUGUCCAAGUUGCCGAAUUACUACGUCAUGCCCCUAGGCUUGACUAUGUCAGAGACGGUAGCGCAGGAUAUGGCACGCGAGGACGCGGCAGAAGUGGAAACGAAAGCUGCCCGCUGGCUCCCAAAUACCGAACUCGCAAUCUACGCCGCUGAGUACGCGCGAACCGGGUUCCAGGGCGGUCUGAACUACUACCGUGUCGCUACGAAUCCAGCGUAUCAAGCUGAUAUGGCGGUAUUCUCAGGUAGGAAGAUUGAGGUGCCGUGUCUCUUCAUCUCAGGGGCGCAGGACUGGGGCACGUAUCAGAAUCCUGGGGCGGUGGAGGGGAUGGGUGAGGUGUGUAGCGAUUUCCGAGGGGUGAAGAUUAUAGAGGAGGCAGGGCAUUGGGUUAUGCAGGAGCAACCGGGUGAGGUUUCGGCGUUGAUUUUGGAGUUUCUGAGAUAGAUUUCUGGAUAAACUUCAAUGUACAGAGCUUACUGUAGAAUGCCUCUGUGUCACACUGAACCAAUUUGCGCCGGGCAGUUGUGCUUCAAAGAGUCUCGUCGCACGAGCUAAGUGGCAGCAGAAUAUCAAUCGUAAUACAUGAC